CGCUGGGCAGAUUAGUCAAUUAGGAAAAAAGAAAAACAAGAACAAAUAUUAUUACUAUUAUUAUUUUUUACAUUAUAAUUUUCUGUUGGCAGAACAGUGAGCAGUACGUAAUCAGCUAAAAAAAGAAAAAGAUAAUAGAAGUAGAUUUCGAUCUUUCUCUCUCUUCUCUUUUUUGUUGUUAAUUUGUUAUUAUUUUGUUUUUUUUUUCUUUCUCUUUUUGUUGUUGUUGUUGCUGCGUUUUUUAUUUUUUAUUUUUUGGUUGUUUUCUUGUUCACUGGCCAUAAUCUGUUACUGAGAAAAAAAGAAAAGAAGGAAAAGCUUAUCUUUUUAUUUUAUUUUAUUUCUUUUUCCUCCUCCUCUUUUCUCCAUUGGAUUCUUGAGAUUUUCUCUCUUAGCAAACAGAGUUUACUGCUUUCUCACUCUCCAUCUUUCACUCUCAACAUGGGUUUGUUUUAGUUUAGCUUCUCGCUAACCUUUUUCACUUCGAGAACAGAAGAUCUUAAAGAACCCAUCAAUUAUCAUAAUCAAGAAAAAUUCUACGGGCUCAGUUUGUUGGUUCAAUCAAAAUGCAGGUUUUUUGAGGUCUUAAUCUGCUGAUCCCGGGCAUAGUAAUCAUGAUUUAUCUCAAGAUUCUUGGUUUUCUUGGUCAAUUUGGGCAUCAUUUUUAUUAAAUAUUGGUGCAUGGUUUCAAGAACCUUUCUUUAGCUAAAAUCUCUGCAAAGAUUAUUUUUUGGGCAAAGAUUAUUUUUUGGUUUUUCAAGUGAAAUUCUCAUCUGGGUUUUCAGGUGUUUUUAAGUUGAAGACUUUUGCUCCUUGACUUCUUGGUUUGGAGUUUUACUGUGGAGUUCUGAUAAGGUUAAUUUGGUGGUGGCAUUGUGCUGAAUCCUUCCAAAGCAUCCAUGGGGCUUCUUCGAAGUCUCGUGAUGAUGCUUCUUCUUAUUUGGUUCCUCUGGUUGCCUGGUCUUAGGGCUCAACCACCUAAUUCUGCGCGUGCCCUUGAUGCUCUUCUUCAAGACUAUGCUUAUCAGGCAUUAGUUUUAGUUCGCCCCAAGACUGGCACAAUCUAUGAUGGGGUUGUUCCCUCGGACUUGAGUGGGAUUAAAAUUUCGGCAUUGAGGCUCAGGAGUGGUAGCUUAAGGAGGAAAGGUGUUGAUAUGUAUAAAGAGUUUAAGAUCCAUCCUGGAGUUAUUGAGCAGCCAUAUGUGGAGAGGCUUGUUUUGGUAUAUCAGAAUUUGGGGAAUUGGUCUCUGAGGUAUUAUCCACUUUCCAAUUACACUUACCUUGCUCCAGUUUUGGGUCUUCUUGCUUAUAGUGCCUCAAACUUAUCUGCUACAAAUUUACCGGAAUUGGAUAUUAGGGCAACUGGUGAUCCUAUAACCAUCAGAUUCCCAGAUGUGAAAUCAGCACCAGAUGGGUUGGUUGCUAAGUGUGUGUGGUUUGAUUUACAAGGUUCCCCAAGUUUUAGCAAUGUGGCAUCCGGUAAUGAAUGCUCCACAGUUCAACAAGGGCAUUUUUCAAUAGUUGUGGAGUCUAUAGCUCCUUCUCCAGAACCGGCUUCUCCUCCGCCAUCUGGUGGAGCUCCAAAUGUUCCAGGACCAACUGGACAAGAAAAGAAGAGUAAUUCGAAAGUGGGAAUAAUAGUUGGUUCUGUGUUGGGCGGAAUAUUACUGUUAGUGCUUUUGUCAUUUCUAGUGUUCUGGGUGCAGAAGUUGAAGGAAAAGAAGAAAAUGCAACAGAUGGAGAGGGCUGCAGAGGUGGGAGAAGCCCUACAAAUGACGUCAGUUGGGGAAACGAAAGCACCUGCAGCGAUGGUGACACGAACACAACCGACUCUUGAGAAUGAAUAUGUGCCCUAGCUCCGCCAUUUGUACAAGCUUCUCUACCUUCCACAGCAAAUUCUUAUUCAGGUUCAAUUCCUGUAUUCAGGAUAUUCUUCUAAUUGCACCUUUUUUUGGCGGUGUCACCCUCCUCCUUGUGCAUUGUUUGGUCUGGGUAGGUUCUUGGUACGAGUGUGGGUAACGUAGGAUUUUCGUGUAAAUCUGUUAUUGCUCACAGGCCGUCUAUAGGUUUAUGAUUCAUUGUGUGUGCAUUUAGCCAAAAGUGAUUCUACAUGUGAUGAAUUUAGUUUUUCCAUUGAAAAGGAAUAAAACUUUGUUUUCUUC